CUUCCAAUUUCCAUCUUCCCAGCAUCUCGAAACGCAUGGCAGAGCAACGGGCCAAAAUCAUCGGGAACCAUCCCAUUGGGAAAGGUCUUGAUGCCUUUCGCGCCUUUUUUCGCUCUAUCUGCGAUGGCGCUGGCAUCUCCAGCGCUCCUCCAGACGCUUUGGACGAGUUGGGGCACGAAGGUGAGUGCAACGAGACAGUACUCAACAUGCACUCUAACGAUGACAUAGAUCUUCAAGCGCUCCUACUUCUCCUUCUUCCGACCCUGCGAAACCUCCUAGUUUCCGGCCUGCUUUCUUCGUCAACCGGGCGUGGCACCCUUCGAAGCGAUCUCCUUGUUGUGAUCUCCGCGACCGCGUCCCCCGAUUCCGACACUGACCGCCUCAAGCCCCUCCUGAAAGCGGCCCUUGCCGACAAACCCGAUGAUUACGAGAUAUGGGGAGAAGUUUCCCAAGCGGUUGUCGAAUCUACACCACCUCCGCGGCCGAUCGCCUCCUCCCUCCAAGAAACCCCGUGGCUGCACAACACAAGCGGAUUUGCGAACUCAUCUGAAUACCGACGCGAUGUGGAUAGGGUACUCAAAGAGGAGCUCGGUCCCCUCUAUGUCGGCCUUCAUCGAUUCCCAGAAGUCUUCUUUGGACGAGUAGCCGGGCUAGACGCAGCGUCCCAGACUGUGUUCACCAAGUGCAUGGAAGGCAACAGCCCCCUCUUUUCUGGAGGAUGGACGGGUUGGCCGAAGGAUGCAAACCAAGAUUCCGUCUUGGAGUGGUUCUCAAGCAUAACCCAGAAGCUUGCAAUCUUCGCCGAGGAAACAUUGCCAGCUCCAACGCAUGGACGGCGGCCGCUGGCACAACCCAACAAACCAAUUCUCGAUUCCACGGCGGAGCGCAAGUUGGACAUCGGCUUUGUGGAUGACCCAAAUGCGUUGAAAGACUCCCGAUUACACUGGUCGCACAUUCUCGUCCCGGGAGAGUUGAAGAGCAACCCGUCGGCUGACACAAAGUCCAAAGCGUGGCUCGACCUGGGCAGGUAUGCUAGAGAAGUUCUUGCAGCUCAAGACACGCGUCGAUUUGUUUUGGGCUUUACCCUAUGCGGAUCCUUUAUGAGAAUAUGGGAGUUUGAUCGCCUUGGGGGAAUCGCAUCCGACAAGUUCGACAUCAACAAGGACGGGCUGCGCUUCGUCUUCACAGUUCUUGGUUUCCUCUGGAUGGACCAUGAGGCACUUGGUUUCGACCCCACGAUCACCGCGGAGGGCAAUCGACGUUUUAUUGCGAUCACCCGAAACGGCGAGACAGAGCGACUAGUCCUUGACAAACGGAUGAAGAGGGCACCUUGCAUUGCCGGUCGCGCCACGACUUGCUGGAGUGCCCACCACGAGGACAACCCUCAGGACUCUUUGGUGGUCAAAGACUCGUGGCAAUACACUGAACGGGAAGAAGAAGGCGAGCUCCUCAAGAUGGCAACCGAGAGUGGCGUGGUCAACGUGGCCCGAUACUACCAUCACGAGACUGUUCAUGUGGGCGGCGAGGUCGACGAUGUUUCGAGCAAUAUUCGAGGGAGCCUCGACGUCAGAGAAGCGAGCAAUUAUCGAGCAGAUCAGUUGGUUCAACCAGCGAGCUUGGGUGCGCUCGAUGCUCCCCGGAAAGGUCGGAGCAGUAUUGUUGCUGGCAAAAAACGUUCGUCCAGUCAGACGGAUGCCCCCAUACCACCGAACAAGCGAUCUUGCUCUGCGUCUCCAACCAAGGUUGGCAGUCCUGCACUGCCGAACCGGGUGCAUCGUCGAGUUGUCGUUCGCGAUUGUGGCACGCCUAUCUACAAAGCCAAGUCCCCUUCGGUGCUGCUCUCAGUGCUGAGCGACUGCAUUGAAGGUCACAAAUCAUUACGGCAAAAAGCCUGCCUCCUCCACAGAGACAUCUCUGUAAACAACCUGAUGAUUCGCGGAGAGAAAGGGUUUUUGAUUGACCUCGACCUUGCCGUCACGGAGCAACGCCAGGAGGCAUCAGGAGCACAUGGGAAAACCGGUACAAGAGCGUUCAUGGCGAUCGGUGCCCUUCUGGGCGAGCAGCAUUCGUUCAUGCACGAUCUCGAGUCCUUCUUCUGGGUCCUGUUCUGGAUAUGCAUUCAUCACAACGGACCGGGGCAAAGCGAAAUCAUUCCCCAAUUUGACAAGUGGAAUUACGCGGAUGCGGAAGAAUUAGCAAAGCUCAAG